AUGAAUGACUUCAAGUAUUCUGAUGAUCAAGCAAGUAGAUUAUUGUCUUUAUAUUUUCCUGGUGCCAAAAAUGGGGUCAACAAAGCUCGUUUCGUUGAGCGUUUUCUGGUUGGAGGAUGGAAAACAAACGAAGAUGCCGUUCAGAUGGCCAUUCUCUAUUUCAUCCAUACUUUUGUUUUUUCUCAACUAGGUGAUGCACCUAUAUCAGUUGAUGAUUUCAAGAUGGUAGAAGAUGGUAGUUAUGAGCAAUAUCCAUGGGGGAAAUUAGCAUAUUCAAAAUUGAUAAAAGGAAUGCGUCAGGAGUUUUCAAAUGCCAAACAAAUGUAUCGUCUAGGCGGCAUGCCAUACGCUCUGAAUGUUUGGAUAUAUGAAUGUGCAUCUCAAGUUCCCUCUGAAAUUGCUGUAAGAGUGGGUAAUAAAAUUCCUAGAAUUCUUAACUGGCGUGUUGUCGCCGUGAUGCCAAAAUUUGAGACCUUCAUGUCUACCAUCUUCAGUGAGAAACCUGAAGAUUCAACAUCGGCUGCCAAGGUCAAUUUCAAAAAACCUCAUGAAAUCACUGGAUUUGAGGACUUUUCAACAACACCACCCACUGAAUUUUUAAAGAGAUCCAGGGAUGUCGCUGAGACAUCUUCUCCACCUCCUUCCAAGAGAAUGAAGACUUUCCCUGCUAAAAAGCCAAUUCAAGUAGAAACAGCCAAUAUGCACAAGGAUUUCUUAUCACCAAAUGAAUCAGAAAAUCUUGUUUCUCCUGACAAUGAACCGGGGGUAAAGUCACCAAAGGAAUCAGAAAAGCUUGUUUCUCCUGACAAUGUACCAGGGGCGAAGUCAGCUGUUGACCAGAAGUUCAAGCGUUUGGAGAACAAAAUGGAUUCAAAUCACAUUGAUCUUUUGAAAGCCAUCGACAGUAUGGCGAACCGAAUGACUGGCACAUCAUCUCAAGUUAAAAAAGAUGAUUUUGAUCAAUCAUUCCAUGUGGUUGAACAACAAGAAGCACCUACUGGAUUGGAGGUGCACAAUUUUGCAAAUAAAUCUGACCCACCCCCAAAAAAUGACAAAUCUAAUGUCCAGGAAAAUAUUAAGGGACCUGAACCAUCCACCAUGAUAAAUCAGAUGGACAACAUAUCGGAACAAAGCAUUUUAGCAGAUGUUCCUGAAUUAUUUGAUCAGCAAGUUUAUUCUGAUACAUUAAAGGAAGAUGAACCAUCCGUCAAGGAUGUAUCAGCACACCAAAUGGAACCACAAAGAGCAGAUACUGAUCAGCUUAUUGCUGAUUCUGAUACAUUACAGAACACUGAAAAGAAAGAUGGAAGAGUAGCUGAUGAUAAAUCUGCCAAAGUAGAAGAGCAAGUCGAGGAGAUUGAAAAAGAAAAAAUCAAACCAAGCACAUCAGAAUCCAAUACUUCAGCACCAUUUUCGACCGAAACUCUGGAUGUGAUAGAUGCUCUAAUAUACGGACUUCCAUUACCAGCCAUGCCAUUGACAGCUGUUAGUCAUGAGCAAGUUCAGGAUGAAUGUCUAUUACGCGAUAGCCAGCUACCAACCAUUCUUCCAUCAAAAGCUAAUGUAUUGUCUGACGAUGCGAAGACACCAUCUCGAAGAAGCAGGAUUCCUUCGAAGAUCUUACAGUCGCCGUAUCUUUCAAACUUUGGGUCAAGUGAAAAGGGAAAGAAAAAUUUGUCAGAUGUUACGCAUCAGACACACCCUUUUGAAGGUUUUGGUAUAUGCUAUCAACCCCCUUCCGAGCUUGUCACAGACUACUCUCAAUGGAUAGAUAAAUGA